AUGGCAUUUGCGGGCCUUAAAAAGCAAAUUAAUAAAGCGAAUCAGUAUGUUACUGAAAAAAUGGGAGGUGCUGAAGGCACCAAACUGGAUUUAGAUUUCAUGGAGAUGGAGCGUAAAACGGAUGUCACAGUGGAGUUGGUUGAAGAGUUGCAAACCAAGACCAAAGAGUACUUGCAACCGAACCCGACAGCUAGAGCAAAGAUGGCAGCCGUCAAAGGUAUUUCUAAAUUAUCAGGUCAGGCUAAAAGUAAUACUUAUCCACAACCAGAAGGUAUAUUGGCUGACUGUAUGCUGACUUACGGUAAAAAGCUGGGUGAGGAUAGUAUUUUCGCAUCAGCUCUGGUCGAAAUGGGUGAUUCGCUCAAGCAGAUGGCAGAUGUGAAGUAUUCGCUUGAUGAUAACAUCAAACAGAACUUCCUCGAACCGCUCCAUCAGUUACAGACGAAGGAUCUUAAGGAAGUUAUGCAUCAUCGUAAAAAGUUGCAAGGAAGACGUCUUGAUUUCGAUUGCAAGAAACGGCGACAAGCCAAAGAUGACGAAAUUAGGAGCGCCGAGGAAAAAUUUGCCGAAUCGCUACAGCUCGCACAGGUUGGAAUGUACAAUCUGCUGGAGAAUGAUGUCGAGCAAGUCUCACAGUUGGUCACAUUUGCCGAAGGAAUGCUUGACUAUCAUUCGCAAUGCUCCGAAAUACUAAAAGUGCUAGUAGAGACACUUAACGAAAAACGUGAAGAAGCUGCAGAAAGGCCAAAGUCGGAGUUUGUCCCCAAAACGCUUGCCGAUCUAAACAUCGAAAUGCUCGGUUCACAGGACGGAAUGAACGGCGGUUCAUCAUCACAUCUCAGUUCGCCGGUCAAUAAACCGACACAUCUGGAACUUUUGGGUAACGGUCAAGCACAGGCGCGUUCUACUAAUGCAUCGCCAUUGCCAUCGCCGAUGCGUUCUCCCGCAAGAACACCGAUGCCAACCAAACCAUCACAACCAUGCUGUACAGCGUUGUACGACUUCGAGCCAGAAAAUCCUGGCGAAUUGGGAUUCAAGGAAAAUGAUGUCAUUACUUUAAUCCAGCGCGUAGAUGAAAACUGGUUCGAAGGCAGUUUGAAUGGAAGAAAUGGAUACUUCCCUCAGUCGUAUGUACAGGUCACCGUACCACUGCCUAGCAAUUAAACGACAUCUAGCAGUGUGUACAUGCUGUCUUUACUCAAAAAUUAGCAAGUAAUACUUAUU